CGGGAGACACCUGUGACCACGGCGAGAUAUGCAAACGUGGAAGGGAUAACAUGGCUACCGCCUGGUGACGUUCCGUUCGGCCGUCGUGGUUAUCAGAUGCUUCGGAAAACAUCUGGUGAACGUUCAGCGAACGUACCGCCGAUAACGAUCUUGUUAAGAGAGUACCCGCGUGUCGAGGGUUACAAUCGUACGCGAGUAAGCCAUCGUGCAGUGACACCAGCAACAUGAUGAACAUGUGGAAAGUGCGGGAGCUGAUGGACAAGGCGACCAAUGUCGUAAUGAAUUAUACGGAAACAGAGGCCAAAGUUCGGGAAGCAACUAAUGACGAUGCAUGGGGUCCCACAGGGGCAAUGAUGCAAGAACUGGCUCAGGCCACAUUCACGUACGAGCAAUUUCCAGAAGUGAUGUCCAUGCUCUGGAAAAGGAUGUUGCAAGAGAAUAAACGAAAUUGGCGACGAACGUACAAGUCAUUGCUUCUUCUUAAUUACUUAGUUCGUAAUGGCUCGGAACGGGUCGUCACAUCGUCACGCGAGCACAUCUAUGACCUCAGGUCUUUAGAAAAUUAUACCUGCAUCGAUGAAUUCGGGAAAGAUCAAGGAAUAAACAUUAGACAUAAAGUUAGGGAAUUAAUUGAUUUUAUCCAAGACGAUGAUAAACUUAGGGAGGAAAGAAAAAAGGCUAAGAAAAAUAAAGAUAAAUACGUUGGUUUAUCGAGCGAAGCGAUGGGAAUGAGAUUUGGAGGUGGUGACAGAUGGAUGGAUAAUCCUAAAUGGAACAAAUCUGGCGUAGAAACGUAUAAUGACUGGGACAAUCGCGGAAAAGGAUUUGAGGAUGCAAAUAACAGUGACGAUGGCGAAAGAGAAGACUCGGAUAAUGAAACUAGCCCAAAGAAAAGUGGAAGAGAAUAUAGAGAUACGUUGGAUAAUAUAAAUCAAGUUGGUAAAUCUGCUCAAAUAUCAAUACCUUCUACAAAUACAUCCCCUGCGCGAACAACAAGAACUAUCAAAAAAGUAGAUCUUGGAGCAGCAGCGAAUUAUGGAAAAGAGCAAUCUAAUAAUAGUGCACCGGUACAACAAAAUAGCAGUUUAUCAUCGCCGAAAAAUCAACAGAAGACCAAAAAUGAUAUAUUAAACGACAUUUUUGAAUCACAAAAUGAUAAUAAUAGACUAGACGAUGAUGAUUUCAAUCCACGAGCGAAUACUCAAUCAUUUGCUCAACCGCAAAAUGCAAACGCAGAUUUUGGCGAUUUUACUAGUGCGUUUAAUAAUUCCGCGACGGUUAAGAUGAAAGAUAGUAACGAUGAAUUCGCCGAUUUCACGUCUGCCUUUAAUAAUGUCACUAUAUCUAAUACUCCAAGUCAGUCGCAAUCGCAAAUUAAUCUAAUGGGUGUAACAAUACCAACUAUAAAUAAUCCGACAGUGAAUAAUAUGAAUAAUAGUAAUACAAUGUACACCAAUACGAUGCAAACGGCGGGCACAACGGCAUUUACUGGAACCCCCGCUAUUCAAAAGACGUCUAAUGAUUUAUUUGAUACUUUAUCACCACAAGGUCUCAAUAAUCAAAUCACAAAUAACAACACAGUGACGUCAAAUACGGAUCUCUUAUCCGACUUGGAUAGUUUGAAUGCUCCAACUAUGAGGUUACCUGAUGGGCGAAUAAACAGCCCAAAUAAUUCGAACAUUUUCAUGGGAAUAAACAACACAUCUACUGUCAAUUAUGCAGCCUGUAAAAACGAAGAAAGCGACGUAUCAAUCGAGAAUCUCUCCAAUAAUGCCGCCAAUCAAUUAUUGGAAAUAUUAUGUACCAUGUGCGAUAUUAAAAGUUCCGCUGAUUUGAAGAGAAUAAGAUCAUCCAUUGCGAACUACAUCAGAUUUUUACCAGGAUCUGUUACUCCUCAAAAAUACAGUGAUAUUGAUUUUGAUGCGAAAGUGGAUGCUAUAUUGUAUGGAAGAAUUUUGGAAGAGAUAAUCGGUAAAUUUGAUCGUGAUUGGCCACUAAGUGAAGAUGGCUUGGAUCCCUCGAUCGAAAAAUUGAUAAUCAUCGACGGUGCAACGAUCUUCAUGUUAUCGGAAGCUUUAAGAGCUUUAAUUACUGCUUUAAAUGAGUCCAAGAAUGAGAAGAAGACUCAUGUUAUUUCAAUGUUAUUGAAUAAUCUAUUAAAAAGCGAAGCGAUAUUUUCGGGGAUAUUGGAUGCAUGUAGAGACGAAGUGCGAUCUCACGUGCAGAAGGAAGAACUUGAUCAAACUUUGCAAAAUACAAUACAAAUUUUGAUCUCCUUGCCUAGUCGUGUAUCAAAUAAACUACAAUUAAAUACGCCUAAGUCUUAUACGCCGCAAGUUUAUGUGAAAAUACUUUGUUUUCACAUAUGUUGCGCGAUAUCGUUUAUUAAUGAAUUAUAUAAAUAUGAUAUUAAACUGAAAACAUCUGUACUCUCAUUUUUAAUUAGCAAGAUCGUAGUUAGCUUGAAACCAUGCGAUUUUACGUUCUUUGUCGACAUUGUAAAAGAAUGGUAUCUCGAAAACAAAAAGAACGAGCAACGUUUAAUCGAAGAUAUAUUUCGCGAAUUGGAUUCGGCCGCCAUUGAAUACAUAGCUGUUUUAUUCUUGAAGCAUUGCGAUUAUAAACUCGAUGUGCAUUCCAUUUUCGGAAAUUUAAUAAUGGAACCGAAUUGGAAAUAUAUUUUAACAAUCAAAAUUCCUUUAAUGCGUUAUUACGAGGACGAGAAACUUCUUAUAAACCUGGUUUCUUAUCUAUCAUCUUUUUCGAGUGAAAAUAAUAUUUUAUCAGAAUUACUUAUUAAGCUUUUAGAAAUUUGGAGGGAUAAAAGUAUUUUGAAUCACGUAUCUGUGGAACAACACAAAUACAUUACGAAGUUGAUUAUUUUAUCUGUAAAAACUUGUAAAAAUCUUUUAAAUCGUACUGAAAGAGAUCAGUGCCAAAAACUGUUGCUUUCCGGAGUAUCUAUUCAUCUCGAGUGUACAAACAUAACUUUAAGAGCAAUGGGCAUGAUGGUUGCCGAGAUUUGCAUAAAUUCUUUAUGUAAUACCGAAAACGUACCGAAAUUGAAGUUCGAAUAUGAUACCAUGCCUGCGCAAAUAUUAGAAUUACUUCAAUCUCUAAAGGAUUUAAAUACGCUUGCAACGAUUGUACAUGUAAAAGAGCAAUACCAGCAAGGCGAUGAUUUAACAAUUGGAAACAUUGUUUUUGAUUCUAUGAGUAGCAGAAAGAUCUAUGAAUUAGGUGUUGAUUGCGAUAUUUUACCCGCCGUUGAAAAUCUGUUAAAUGAAAAAAUUGAAGAGAACACACGCCUGUCGAAAACCAGUGUAAUAAAAGAUAAUUUAACGAAAAAGAAUGAAACGAAUCAACAGGCAAAAUCAAAUUGCGAUGGCAAUUCGGAUCUGGAUAGUGACGAUGACUUAGUCCCUUACGAUAUGAAUGAUGACAAACCGCUCAGUAAGGUACGCCCGAUGUACUUACGGGACUUGCGUGAUAAUUUAACGGAUGAACGUACUUUUUCCAAUCCUGAUGUUUUUUCUGAAUCCUUGCUGGUCUGCGAAGAAUUAAUAUUAACACAACUAUCGAAUGACGAUGUAUCUUUCGCGAUAGAACUCUUACAGCUUCUCGUCACGUUGAAGCAACAGUCUUACUUGGAGAAUUUUGAACUUGUGAUUUUCAAAUGUUGCGUAGCGAUUGUAACUGUACGUCCGAAGGAAUGCGCCGAGUUUCUUUGUAAAGAGUUCUAUGAAGACACUGGAAAGUACUCACUGAGUCAUCGCUUAUUGUUUCUGGAUAUAUUGGCCGAAUCUGCUAGGCAGUUAUCAAAAAUAGAUAUCAAAAAUGCAGAUAACACCGACGUUACUGUAGAAACGGCGAUUAAAAAGAAAGGAAUUCCAAGUCGCAUAUCACUUUUUAUCGAUACACAAGAAAAUAAAAGGCAACAAGUAUGGUACAACGAAGAUUUCGACAUUGAUCUAGAAGCGUCGAAAGAUCAAUCUAUGAAUUGGCAAGAAAUUGUCGAUAAAAGAAUUGCAUCGCGUACGAAACGAUUUGCACAUAACUCUAAAUCUCCCAAAUUACAUAUUAAUCACUUUGGAAAUGUAGCAUCUGCAUUUUUCUAUCCGCUUCUGCACGGCUUUGGCCGUCGUGAUAUUCUUAAACUUAAUGGCUUAAGAAUUUAUUCAGAUCAGGAAAAUAUUUUAUUAUUACGUUUCCUGAAAACGUUGUCUGUUAUAAUGUUAGCGGCGCAAAAUUGUUCAUUGGCAUCAAAGAUGGGCAAAGAAAUAUUGGAGCUUCUGUGGACAGUGAGAAAUCAUGAUGAAGCAACUGUGAGACUAGCCGUUACAGAAAAUAUCGGAUCUGUACUUAUUGCAGUACCGAAGGAUGCUAUCAUUGACGAAUUGUCUGAACCCUUGAUGGAAAUAAGAGAAUGGCUUCUAUUAUCACAAAACGUCAUUAACGGCGAACACGAUACAAAUUGCAGGGCUUUAAACGCGAAAGUGUUAUCUUUCAUCAAUUUGAUUAUAAGCUCUACUUUUAAGUGUGUAGAUUGAUUG